AAGUGAUUUCUGCGCAUGCGCGGCGUUUCUAAAUCUCACACGCGUGUUGUGUGUUUGAUAGGAGGGUGUUACUGCUACGGGAUGUUUCACUACGGCUUUCUGGAUGAAGAGCAGGCGAAUACUCUCCGUUCAUUAGCGAAAACACCACAGUACGAGCAGAUAUGUGGGCUGAAUCCACAGCCUUCGACUGAGAAUGGGUUAGACGAGCGAUGCUUGUGUUUGAAACUCUUCCCAUCUCGCAGCGGGAGCAAAACAAUGAGGACAACAGCAAACAGAGACGGGGACUGAUCAGUGUCAUUCAUUCCUGGACUUUCUUUUCAACUCUUUGUCGUUGAGAUGAUAGUGGAGCUGGUGUGCAGCGCGGUGGCUCUGCUCCUCUAUAUGAACACACUGAGCGCUGAUUUCUGCUAUGAUGACAGCCGAGCAAUCAAAACCAACCAAGACCUCCUACCAGACACUCCAUGGAUGAACAUCCUGUACGAUGACUUCUGGGGCACUCUGCUCACCCACAGCGGCAGCCACAAGUCUUUCCGCCCCCUCUGCACUCUCUCCUUCCGCCUCAAUUAUGCCCUGGGCGGCUUGGACCCCCGGGGCUACCACCUGGUCAAUGUGGGCCUGCACUGCUGCGUCACUGCGCUCUUCACUGCAUUCUGUCGCCCCCUGCUGGGUGGAGGACCGUGGAGCCUGUUGGCGGGUCUGCUCUUCGCCUCUCAUCCCAUACACACUGAAGCAGUAGCUGGGGUGGUGGGGCGAGCAGAUGUGGGUGCAGCUUUUUGCUUCUUGUUGUCCCUGAUCUGUUAUGCCCAGUACUGCCGUCUCAGGGCCAGCACAGCACACUCGGACAGGGUUGAAUGGCGGACAGCGCUGUGGCUUGCUGGGAGUUUGGGUGCUGCUGCGGCCGCUUUACUGUGGAAGGAGCAGGGAGUGACUGUUCUGGCCAUCUCAGCCGUUUAUGACCUCUGUGUUGUGCACCGUCUGAGAUUCCGGCAAGCAGUAAUGAUGGUGCUGAAGAGAAAGAACAUGAGCUUGCUGGUCAGUCUAGCAUGGCUGGUUGGUUGGGGGAUGAUUCUUCUCACAGUUCGGUUUUACUGGAUGGGCAACAAGCCUCCAAACUUCUCCAACUCUGACAACCCUGCAGCCGACUCGCCUCACUUCCUGACCAGAGUGCUCACUUUCCUGUACCUGCCAGCUGUCAGUGCCUGGCUCCUCCUCUGCCCUGACAAACUCAGCUUUGAUUGGUCAAUGGAUGCCAUUUCUCUGCUCAGAUCCAUCGCUGAUUGGCGGAACCUUCAGUCGGUUUUGUUUUACACGGGAUUCGCUCUCCUGUCAUGGUUUAGCUUGAGAAACCCAUUACUACAGUCCUCUAAAAUCAGCGAAACCAAUGGAAAAUCACAUAUUAGCAAUGGAAAGUCUGCAACUAAUGGAUACAGUCAUAAUCACAAUGACAAUCACUACAGGGACUCAAACUCUCCCAAAAGAAAUGGAUAUCAUAAACCACCCAAAGCACCUCAAAAAUCCCUUCCAGCCACAGAGAGUGUGGUGGUCUUUUCCCUUGGGCUGCUGGUUUUGCCCUUCAUACCAGCCACUAAUAUGUUCUUCUACGUGGGCUUUGUGGUGGCCGAGAGGGUGCUGUACAUCCCCAGUAUGGGCUUCUGCCUGCUCGUGACCGUAGGGUUGAGGAGCAUGUUUGUUCGCUGCAGGUCGAGAUACUCCAGAGCGUUCCUGCUGAGCUGUGCAGCAGGUCUGGUGCUCCUCUACAGCCUGAAGACUGUGAGGAGGAACCAGGACUGGCAGAGCGAGGAGAUGCUGUACAGGUCUGGCAUUGCUGUAAACCCUGCUAAAGCUUGGGGUAACCUGGGUAAUGUCCUGAAGAACCAGGGAAAGAUGACUGAGGCAGAGAGAGCGUAUAGAAAUGCUCUUUAUUACCGUGGAAAUAUGGCAGAUAUGCUCUACAACCUUGGUUUGCUGCUACAGGAGAGCGAGCGAUUCUCUGAGGCUCUGCAUUACUACAAACUGGCCAUCGGAAGCAGACCGACACUGGCCUCUGCAUACUUGAAUGUGGGCAUCAUCCAGGUCUCGCAGGGGAAUAUCGAAGAGGCCAAACGCACCUUUCACACUUGCGCUGACAUCCCCGAUGAGAACCUGAAGGACCCUCAUGCCCACAAGAGCUCCGUCACCAGCUGCUUGUACAACCUCGGCAAAUUGCUUCAUGAGCAGGGCCAGCACGAGGAGGCGCUGUCCAUGUAUAAAGAAGCUGUGCAAAAAAUGCCACGACAGUUUACACCGCAGAGUUUGUACAAUAUGAUGGGUGAGGCAUAUAUGAGGCUGAAUAAUCUAGAGGAGGCAGGGCAUUGGUACAGAGAGUCACUGAAGGCCAAACCUGACCAUAUUCCUGCCCACCUGACCUAUGGAAAACUGCUGUCUGUCAUGGGACAGAAGUCUGAAGCAGAGCAUUACUUCCUGAAGGCAAUAAAGCUGGAUCCUGCUAGAGGAAACUGCUAUAUGCAUUACGGUCAGUUUCUGUUGGAAGAGUCUCGUCUGGGAGAGGCAGCAGCGAUGGCUCAGAAAGCUGCAGAGCUGGACAGUUCGGAGUUUGACGUGGUGUUCAGUGCUGCUCAUAUGCUCAGACAGGCCAGUCUGAAUGAGGCAGCUGAAAGGUAUUAUGGGAAGGCAGCUAAUUUAAGACCUGAUCAUCCAGCAGCUCUGAUGAAUCUCGGGGCGAUCCUCCAUCUUAAUGGGAAGCUGAAGGAAGCUGAGAGCAACUACCUCCGUGCGCUGCAGCUCAAACCAGACGACCUCAUAACUCAGUCCAACCUCCACAAACUCUGGAACGUCAUGCAGAAACAGGGUCUACGAGCCUCCGGGACGUGAUCUGCUGCUGGGACAUCUGCUGAUUAUUUCUUCUGUGGACGUCUGAUAUAGUUUGAGCUGGAAUUUUGUGCUGAUUCAGCGCUUAUGGACAGAUGUUGGUGGAACCGGUAGAAACUUGAACUAGUCUGUGGGAUGAGAGUGAAGAUGGAGAAGUUCUGCUUUGGACAGUAAAGACCCCUAAGAGUGUGAAAGAAACAUAAGUGCACACAAACACAUGAGAGAUGGAGUUUGCAGCAUGCUGGAUUGUAUUCUUCUGAGACCACUGAACUGGAUGAAUCUGAGUGAUGAUUGUUUUCCCCCUGCCCUAACUGUUUUAUGUCUCUUAUUUUUCAUUAAUGACUUUAAAAAAAGGUUGAGAUUGUCAAUAUGCUGAUAUUUAAAUGCCGCCUCUUAAUUUAUUGUUGGGGAAUCAACGAUUUGUCACCUACAAGGGUUGUUAAUAGAACUGUAAACCUCAAUGUCUGCCAUCACGCAGACCGCAAUUUGUUAUGAGGCACUAUUAUGUAGUCCUACUUUUAAUUUCAGGCUUUUUACCAAAACAUUUUACCACAAUAAAAUGUACGUUUGACCAGAAAAAACAUAA